CGCUCAAUCGUUCGGUUGCUGCCCGUUGUUGUUGCCCGCCAAUCGAUAUCGAUAAACGUAGGUGUGCCUGCAGUGCGCCUGUGUGCGUGUAUGUGUCAGCAGUGCAGUUCAGUAUUCCUAUUUAUCCCCAAAUUCUAUCCCAGGAGCCAACCAAUACGAUCCCACACCCACGAUGUCGUACUCCGCGGAGCGAGCCCUGUCCCUCCUUUACCCGCUGGCCAUAGUCUCCUCGCUGGUCUGCUGCAUCACCUCGGCGGUGGCCUGGAUGCACUGGCAGUACGUGCUCAACGCCUGCCCGGACACCAACUGCGGAUGCGUGCUGCACGGGAAGAGCACGUUCAACAGCUUCGAGGGCGGCAACAUCGCCUACUGCCACUUCGCCACCUUCGGCCUCCUGCUGCCCCUCAUCUUCGCCCUCGUGCUGGGCAUCUACCACGGCUAUCGCAUGUGCAUUGGGCGUGGCAAGCCCAAGGCGGGCACCGCCACCAUCCGGCAGCGCUCCGGUGACAUGAUCGUGGUGACCACCGAGUCGGAACUCACGCCCGAUGGCCUCUCGCCCUACUACUGGCUGCCUGCCACCGUCAUCUCGACGAUAAUGGCCGUGUAUCAGCUGGUCUACUCGGCCAUAUUCACGGACGGAUUCGAGGUGACCUGCAAGCAGUACAGGGAGGCGCUGCUGAAGGAGAUCCAGGGCGUGGGCAACAUAGUGCCCGUGAUCAAGUCGCGUCUCUCCUGCGCGGCCGUCUUCGACUUCAUGGACUACCUGGUGGAGAGCAUUUCGUACGAGCGGCGACGCUACGGUCGCAUCAACACCGCCGCCUGCCUCUACUUCACCCUGGUCUUCGCCUGGAUCGCCCUGUUCGCCUGGCUGCUCAUCUGCCUGAUCAACGUCAUCCAUCUGCGGCGCACGAAGGCCGCCCGAGUUUGAGCUUGAACUUGUGCCAUGCAUCGGAAGCAGUGCAUUCCCGGCCACUUAAAUUGGGAAACGAUUAACUAUAAGAAACACCACACCGCACAUUCGCCUUUUAACUUAUUUAGUAGUAGACACACAGCCAGAACGUCCACGUUAUGAACGCAUUGUACAAAUGUUUGUAUGAGCAACGAGCGAUAUGCUAAAUCGCAAGCAUUUUUAACAUUAUAUAUAAAGCCUAAUAAAUAUAUAUAUAUUUAUACGAA